AUGGGAGGAGUUGUCGAUAGUGGAGGAGGUAUCGAUAGUGGAGGAGGUAUUGCUGUCAAAUCAUCUCCGCACCGAGCAGCGAUUGAGAAGGCUCAAGCUGAGCUAAGGCAGGAGUAUGAUGUUCGUGAGGAAAGGAGGAGAGAAUUGGAGUUUCUGGAGAAGGGUGGGAAUCCUUUGGAUUUCAAGUUUGGUAAUGCAACUUCACAGAGCGUCCAGUCUACAUCGCUUACAGAGAAGCAAGCAGAUCAUUUUCAAAAGAGUGAAGUCAAGGAGAGUCUUCCCCGGACAGCCUCGCAACAUGGGGAUUCAGUGGAGAGUAGUGGUCGACCUGGAGUUUCUAUAGUUUCUGAACCCAAUACAGCUGACAAUCUUUUACUGUUUGAUGCUCAAGAUAAGUCACUUGAAGGAGAAAGAAAUUCAAAGUAUCCUAACAAGAGAAGCAGGACUUCAGAGUCAGAACGGUCUUUGAAAGCGAACAAUCCCCGGAAUACCAAGGAAACAGAAGAUUCUGCGAUUUUCCGCCCAUAUGCUCGUAGAAACAGAUCAAAGGUAAACCGUGAUCCAGCACGGUCAAGCUCUACGGAGGUAACUCAGAGUCGCAGAGAAUCUGUGGAUGUAAAGGUUUCCAGUUCCGAAGCAGGAAAGCAUAAGAAUAAGCAUGCAGCUGCGGUACCUUCUCCAAGCUCUGCAACUUCCAACGGUAAUAUGAGUUUGAAAGAUGAAGCCCCAAGCAACUUGUUGAAGACAGAGGAAGAUGGACUGGUUGUACGAGAAAGCACUGCUACAACAAAAACAAGUCCAAUGAAAGAAAAAGUAGAUAUCUCGUGUGGAAAUAGUUCUGCAGAUGUCGCUUCCAGAGAGACUGGUCUUACUGGGGUGAAAGCAGAUGUUGUCUCUGCUACUACAGUAAUAGAUUCUCUCAGUGCUGUAGUGACAGGUAGCCAGGAAACUAACUCCACCCAGUUGAAUGGCCUUGGCGAUCACAGAGAAGAGAAAGAAAGCUCAAAAGAUAGCGCAGCUGUAGGGAAAAAAGGGUUAGAUCAAGAGUCCUCUCAUGCUAACAACAUUGAAGUAGAUGUAGAUACUAAAGUAGGUCUCCAUAGAGAAGACGAAUCUGACUCCAACAGAAUGCAUGUGCAGAGUGUUUCAAGAGAAGAGGGAAUACUGAAUCCGACAGUUACUGAAAUGGCUAAUGCAAAGAGUGAAGAAGAGGCUGGUGACUCUACCAUCAUUGUUAGGGAGCAUAAUUCUGGGACUCAAAGCCAAACGAAAUCGCCCAAAGUCGAAAAUCAAGAUCUUACAACUACAGCUGAGCUGGAUAAUGAAAAUAAAUCUCCUGAAACGGAAAUAAAAAAACAAGAUGACUUGGAGACACUGCAAACUGGCACGAAAGUUACCAGUGAAUUGGCUGAAACUUCCGAUGGCUCUUUGUGCCCUCAAAAGUCUCAGGCAGCUGCAGAAACCAGUACCUGCACAGUUAGUGAAAACGUAUUAUCAGGACCUGGCAUUACAGCUUUAAAACAUCAGGAUAGUUUAGACGGUGGGUCAGGAAUGGUAGAUACUUCGAAGGAGGACUCUAUCCUUGAGGAGGCACGGAUGAUACAGGCAAAGAGACAGAGGAUAGCCGAGUUUUCUUUUGGUACCGUACCAGUGGAGGUCCGUACGAGAUCUCAAUGGGACUUUGUCCUCGAAGAAAUGGCAUGGCUGGCAAAUGAUUUCGCACAGGAGCGUCUUUGGAAGAUGACUGCUGCUAUGCAGAUUUGUCAUCGAGCUGCUUUUACCUCUCAGUUGAAAUUUGAGGAAAGAACUCAGCACAGAAAGCUGAAAAGCUUAGCUUCAACCUUAGCUAAUGCUGUCUUGCAGUUCUGGAGUUCUGUGGAGGUUCCUAGGGAGCAUGAAGAAACAAGCUUGGGAACUGAGGAGGAAACAAGGAAGGAAUUGAAGUGUGAUAGCGGCAAAAAAUGUUCAUCUUCUGGUGUCAGAGAAUAUGCACGCAGAUUUUUUAAAUUCGUCAAAUCUUCUACCCCCUAUCUUCAAGCAGCAGCUCCGUCAACACCUGACAAUAUGUGCGACCCUGGCGUGUUGGAGACAUCUUGGGAUGAUCGGCUUACAGAAGAAAGCUUAUUUUAUUCAGUUCAAUCUGGAGCAAUGGAGGCUUACCGAAGGUCCAUUGAAUCUCAUCUAGUCUUGUCUGAGAAAUCUGGAAGUAGCAUGCAGGAGGAAGUUGAAACAUCAGCCUAUGAUCCCGCAGAAGAUACAGGAUACAAUGGUUACGACGAGGAUGAAGAAGAAACGAGUACCUAUUAUUUGCCUGGAGCUCUUGAACGUAGCAGAUCAUUUAAUUUAGCUCAAAAAAAGAAGAAGAAGUCGAUGAAGUAUCAUUCUUCCCAGUCAUAUGAUUUACCAUACGGUAGCUACCCUGGUGUCUCCAACCCAUUGAUGGGCAAAAGGCCUGCCAGUAAUCUCAAUGUUGGUUCAGCUCCAAUGAAGCGCAUGCGCACUGCUUCCAGGCAGCGGAUUGUCAGUCCUUUCGGCUGUGACACUGUUGGAAAUUUACCUGUGCCCUCAAAGACAGAUGCGUCUAGUGGGGACACUAGUUCUUUCCAGGAUGAGCAAAGUAGUUUGAAUGGUGGAUCUGCGUUUCAAAAAGGCAUUGAGGUUGAAUCGAGUGGCAAUUUUGAGAAGCAGCUACCUUAUGACAUGGCUGAAACAUCAGGAAAACCGAAAAAGAAGAAGGGCUCUGCAUAUGAACAAUCCUGGCAUCAUGAUUCAAUGUUCCAUGGUGAACAGGAGCAGCGGAAGAAGCGACCGGAGAAUCAUUCCAAUAUAAAUGGUCUGUAUGGUUCACACAAGAAGCAAAAGACUACGAAGCAAUCAAUGGAUAAUAAUUUUGACAGUGCUGUUCCUGUUACUGGAUCCAUUCCUUCUCCAGCAGCUUCUCAGAUGAGCAACGCCAACAAAUUUAUGAAAUUUAUUGGGGGUCGGGACAAGGUCAGAAAGACAAAGGGCUUGAAGAUUUCUUCUGGCCAACAAGGAUCUGAAAAUGGAUGGUCACUAUUUGAAGAACAGGCGCUUGUUGUCCUGGUCCAUGACAUGGGCCCUAACUGGGAGUUCAUUAGUGAUGCUUUGAAAAGUACUCUUAAAAUUAAGUGUAUAUAUCGUAAUCCAAGUGAGUGCAAGGAGCGGCAUAAAAUUCUAAUGGAUAGAACUGGUGGUGAUGGGGCUGAUAGUGCUGAAGACUCUGGAAAUUCUCAAUCUUAUCCGUCCACUUUGCCUGGCAUCCCAAAGGGAAGUGCGAGACAGUUGUUUCAACGUUUGCAAGGGCCGGUGGAAGAAGACACACUCAAGUCCCAUUUUGAGAAGAUUUGUUCGAUUGGGAAGAAGUUCCAUCAAAGAAAGAUACAGAAUGAUCGGGAUCCCAAGCAGAUACUACCAGUUCACAAUUCUCAAGUUAUGGCUCUAUCUCAUGUAUUCCCUAAUAAUCUGAGUGGAAGUGUCCUCACGCCCCUUGAUCUCUGUGAUGUCGCAACUUCAGGUCAAGAUCUAUUUUCACUUGAAAAUACAGGUCUUCCGAUGUUGAACCAAGGGACGCCAGCGCCUCCUGCAUCUGAAGCAAAUCCGUCAUUAGCUGGAUCAUCUGGUGUAGCCCUUGGCAACAACUUGCCAACCACACCUGGCCCGACCAGUGCUUCCGCUAGAUUCAAUACUCCUAGAGGAUCUUUGCCACUAGAUGAACAACACCGAAUCCAACAACAUAAUCAGGUGUUGUCCGGUAGAAACCUGCCGCAGCCUUCUUUAGCAACUCCUGGAGCUGUCUCAGGACCUGAUCUUGCGCAUCGCGUUGCCGGUGGAAAUGCUAUGAGUGUAUCCGGAACCAAUAGGAGCACACCGUUGUCAAGGCCUGGUUUUCAAGGAGCGAGCUCAUUGGCAGUGCCAAGCACUGGGAGCAUGCUUGCCUCUGGCAUGGGAGGAAUAUCAAACAGUGGAAAUAUAAACUCUGUAGGAAACUCCACGUUGAGGCCUCGUGGAUCUAUGCAGCACAUGAUGCGGGCUGCCAAAGGGAAUGCGCAGGGGAUUCCAGCUUUGAGUUCUGGAUUUACCAACCAAACAACUCCCCCCGUUCCGGCCUAUCCAGGCCAUCUUUCCCAGCAGCAUCAGCUUUCGCAACCAUCACAUGUUCUUGGCAACUCACAUAACCCUCAUCUCCAGAGUCCUAAUCUUGCACCUGGGGCACAGCAGCAAGCAUUUGCUAUCCGUCAAAAGCAAAUGCACCAGCGCUAUUUGCAGCAGCAGAAGAAGCAGCAGCAGCAGCAACAGUUUCCAGCAUCUGGUGCUAUGACACCAAAUGUGCCAUCACGACCUCAAGUUCCUCCCGUGUCUUCUUCUCCACAAAACACUGCUCAAACGCAACCACUUGCUUCGUCUCAGCCACCAUUGAUGCCUCUGUCUUCAACCUCUCCUAGUAUGACAGCAAUUCCGCAGCAGCAGCCUCAAAAAUCGCAGUUUCCGGUUCAUGGUCUGAGUAGGAAUCCUCAAUCUGGUGUAAACAAUCAAGCUGUAAAACAGCGGCAGCGACAACUUCAGCAGCAAUCUGGAAGACAACAUCCAAACCAACGGCAAACAACUCAAGGUCCGCAGCAGAAUAAACUCUUGAAGGGAGCGGGAAGAGGAAACAUUAUGCCUCAAAGCAUCUCUGUUAAUCCCUCGACCUUGAAUGGUUCUACUAUGUCACCGGGAAUACAGGGUACUGAAAAAGUAGAGGCGACAGUUCAAGCUGUGCCUGGUCAGCCAUCAACCGUCGUGAGCACACAUUCACAGUCUAAACCGCUAAAUCCUACUCAGUAUUCAAGUACUUCCCAAGAGCAGUCAAAGACAUCUCCUGGUUCUCCAUCUCCUUCGUCCCAACGAAAUCCACUGAGGCAAUUAGAAUCAGAUAAUAGCAUACAAGGCGAGAAAUCAGGAGUGGUACCAGGUAACAACAUCUUGCCUACUUCUAGUCCGUCUGAUACACCAGCAGUUGCAAAACCCAACCAUCAACAUUUGCUGCUACACCAGAAGCAGGGCAAUCAAGUGCAACCAACAUCUCAUAGAACCGUUCAUCCAAAUCCUGACUUAUCGAAGAAGUCUGAGGCUGAACAUUCCCCACGCGACCCACAGUCUGUCAUCAAUACCACCCAGACAGCUAGUAUGGGUACAACAAAAGAUAUGCCUCAAGCGAGUGAUAAUUCGAUAAGCACAACUGCAGUUUGUUCUACUAAUGUCAAUUCUCCUCCAAAAGAAGUGAACUUACCAUCAAGCGACUCCUCUGAGCAUAAUGGUUUUGCUAAAGUAAGCAGUUCUAUCACAAAUUCAACUGGGAGCGAUCCAGUAACCGAAAUAGCGCAAGGAUUAGGCAUUUCGUCCGAUGGCUUAGCGGUUCAUAACCAUAAGAGUGAGACAGAGGGACAACAGCAACAGCAACAAGAAUCUCCACCUCUAGCACAAAGGCAACCGCAGUUACCAGAACCGCUGCUUGUUCAAAAUCGGAAACAUAUUCCUUCUGACCUGAAGCAGCAGCCUUAUCUAAAGACGCUGGAAUUAGAAGCAGUCCAUGAAAAUCCAACUCCCAUGCCUCCUGACACAAAGGUGGAAUGA